UGCCCCCCUUCUAAAGUAUAUUUUAUAAAACUAAGGACACGUGACGACAAAGAGACUAUCAUUGGCAGACCAAUCUACCGUCCGAAUUUAGUACCAUCUGCAAACAUCGCGUACAGCGCUCUAUCGGAGAACUGUGGGAAGCCUACACCUGCCCAUUAGGAGUGAGCAGGGAUUCGAAGCAAGCGUUGCCCCAGAUAGUCUCGACAUGGGUCCCUCUUGUUCGCAGCCACUUGAGCUGCUGCCAAGCGAGCGCCGAAGGAAGGCACAGAGGUAAUUCAUAUGCAACGAGCACCUCGCGACCCGACACUAAAACAAACCUGUUAAGUCUUCCUUUAUACCCCCUCCUGAUUAAUGAAAACACUUUCUCCGGUACUGAAGCCACUAGCUGUUACUUUCUUCUCGAACAUUUAAUUUCUCCGAGCUCAGGAGUGAAGCAGACAGCUGAGAGCAGCGAGGAUGACUGCCACAGUGACCAUAGCAACUGCAGUCUGCUUCUCGCUGUGCGCCCUCGCCCUGUCUGUCGGAGGAAAAGGCGACAAACAGGCGGUCACACUGCUGGACCACACGCCUGACUGGCUGAGGCCCUGCAGACUCGGCGACCCGGAACUGAACGUCUGUGUCAAGGACUCUUUCCAGCACAUGUUUCCAGCUCUCGCCGCAGGGAUCCCGGAGAUCAACGUGGACCGGUUCGAGCCGCUGUAUCUCGCCCACUUGAGCCUGUCCAAAGGUCACGGCCCGGUCACCAUUUCCGGGAGCUUCUCCAACGUUCUGGCGCAUGGACCGAGCAACGCCACUGCAACCUCCGCCAACCUGGACAUGAAGAACCGUCUGUUCGAGCUGGGAGUCUACCUGCCAGACAUCCGCAUCGAGGCGGAGUAUAACCUUCAGGGGAAAGUGCUCAUCUUGCCGCUGCUAGGCAACGGCCCGGCCAAGGUGCAUCUCAAAAACGUGACGACCAGCGUCUCGAUGCGCUUCGAGCUCCCUCGCGUGCAAGGACGUCAAGUGAUGAAUGUAGUGGACAUGAAGGUGGACUUCGACAUCCAGGGCAUGACCGUCCAGUUCGACAACCUCUUCAACGGGAACAAGGUGUUAGGCCGAACUAUGAACGCCUUCGUGAACAAGAACGCGCUGGAGAUCGUGAGGGAGCUGAAGGAGCCCCUGGGGGAGAGCUUCAGCGUCGCCUUCAAGGACAUCAUGAACAACAUGUUGAGCCAUCUGCCCCUCGACAUUUGGCUGCUAGGCGACUGAGGGGCUCGGAACAAGCUUUCGGUCUUUCGGGGAGAAGUUCAGUGAGACAUUCGGUAAAAGGGCGCCGUAAAAAACAAAAUUAUUUUAAAUAUUUCUGAUAACCUUACUUAGGCGACGGUUACCAACCAAAGUACUGACCAGUUGCAAUGCUGCUUAUACAGUCCACAUUGCAGGCAGUUACACUGGCCCCCAUUGCCUGUAACAACUGCUUGCGCUCCAACACCAUUCAUAUUCACCAUAUUCACAUCCUCAGCGGUUUGAGCCCCCGUCAGGUCCGAACUUCUCAAGGCGGCGAAUGUGAAGGUAUUAUUGUCUGGAAAGUGGUACAAAGAUACUAACGUUUCUGAGGAACUCGAUGCCUCCUUCUUCAAGGUAGAAGAACAGACUGCGAGGAAAGACGAGGGUAACGACGGAAAGAAAACAAGGCCAUGAGCUGGCCAAUAGGAGCUUGUGGUCCCUAAGAGGGCGGGGCCAAAACAUUUCGAACAUCGUAAGUUUUGAGGCUUUCACGGCAUUGACUAUGAAGAAAGCAGUCUUCUGGGAUUUGGCACCGUAUAUAUGU